AUGAAAGUUACCACAUAUCUUUGUGUCCUUGCAUUUACCUCCACAUCGGCCAUCGGCCAUAACCUCUUGAUCACGUUAGGCAAAGACGAUCAUGGAAUCAACUCAAGUUUCUGUAAAGCCACGCCUGGCACCACAUCCUGGCCGUCUGAGGUAUCUUGGUCCCAAUUCAACCAGUCUCUUGGCGGAGGGCUUCUCCGACCUCCUCCUCCAGGAGCUGUCUGUCAUCCAGGACAAUCAACCUACGAUGCGGAGCGGUGUGACGCUGUCGCCACCGCAUGGCGAACAUACGACUUUCAUUCCCAAGACCCGGUAUCAAACAUGUGGAAUCAAUACAGCAAUGACUCCUGCCUUCCUAACGUCACUUAUCCGUGUAGCGAUGCGGGAUAUCCUACCUAUGCCGUAAAUGCCACAGAAGCAGAACACGUGAGGCUUAGUUUUCGAUUUGCACAAAAGUAUAACGUCAGGCUAGUUGUCAAGAGCUCAGGCCAUGACUUUCAGGGAAGGUCAACAGCACCCGGUGCCUUGACGAUAUGGAUCCAUCACAUGCAGAGGCUGCAAACUCUAUCUGCUUUCCAACCUCAGGGGUGUGAUUUCACCAUUGAGGGAGAUGCCGUCACUGUAGCCGGUGGUACACAAAUGGUCAAAAUCUAUGAAGAGCUUGAUAAAAUCAACCAAACUGCCGUCGGAGGUGGCGGCAAAACAGUCUCAGUCGGCGGCUACAUCACAGGUGGCGGCCACUCGAUUCUCGCACCUCGAUAUGGACUUGCUGCAGACCAGGUACUAGAAAUGGAGGUCGUGACGCCGAAAGGAGAAGUGCUUGUUGCCAAUGAAUGUCAGAACAAAGACCUCUUUUGGGCAAUGCGAGGUGGUGGCGGCUCCACCUUCGGGGUCGUGACAUUAAUCACUAUGGCAACACAUCCUACGCCGCAAAUAGUCGCUUGGGACGGUGCCAUUGCCUCUUUUGAAGUCGGUGCACCUUGGUUCUGGGAUAUGAUCGGCUAUCUAUUGGCUCAGCUCCCCUAUCUCGACUCGAAGGGGAUAUCAGGUUAUCCGACCAUAUAUCCAAACGUAUCAAAUCCGAUCGGUCAAGGGCCUUCACGAGUAUCUGCAUUCACUGGAUCGUUCAUCCUUCAGGACACUCAAAACGUUACCGAAAUCCAAGAAAUCCUCCAGCCCGUACUAGAUUACGUGAGAACAACGUGGCCGCAGGCUUAUAUCCUGGCCAAUGUUCUACCGCCGUACCCAUCCUUUCUUGAUUGGUAUGCUGACCACUAUGACCGAUCGGCAGCCGGCACCAACGAGUACGUAGGUUCUCACUUGAUGAACGCAAAGGCUUUUGAGGACGCUGCAGCCCUCGGCGCAGUGUUCAAGACUUUUUCGGAGGUCGGAGGUGGAAGUAGUCCAUUCUUAGUUGCCGGAGCUGGCGUCAGAAACGCUAAGCCCAGGGGCGGCGGAAAUUCUGUCUGUCCUGCUUGGCGGAAGGCACUGGUGCAUGCAACCAAUGGGAUUUCAUUUCCGCCUCUGGACCCUGCGGCUCGCCAGCAAGCACUGGCCGAUCUGAAUGCAGCCGUGGAGCCCGUGAGGCAAUUGUCACCGAACAUGGGUGCUUAUGUUAACGAACGUUUGCUUCAGAAUAAUCCCGGUGAGCCGGAUUGGCAGCAUAGUUUCUGGGGGCAGAACUACGAACGUCUGCACCGAAUCAAACGUGCCGUGGACCCCCAUGAUCUGCUCUGGUGCCAUCCAUGUGUCGGAAACGAGCGGUGGGAGGAGGUAGGAUAUCGACUAUGCCGCAUCAGCGACCAUUACAAAUAG